UUGGCCGCAGUUCUUUUCUCGGUUGAAACAGUACCGAACGAAACGCCGGUCCAGAUACAGCAGAACAGCUGGUUUGGGGAUAAGGCUUUUGAGAAUAACAUUGAAGUUUACCAAAACCAUCGAAGCUUUUUGCAAAGUGUCCUCGAUAGUUGGGGCCAAGUCAAUCUCACCUAUCCCAAAAACACCUUUGGCGAAUUCGUGUUUCCUGCUCUGAAAAUCCCAGAGCUUCCGAUCGAUGGUGCAACCGAAAACAUUACGAUCCGAGUGUCAACACCGGCGGCCAAGCUAGUCUCCAACUGCGAGAUACUGACGGAAGAAGAUAUUCACCUGAACAUUUCAGAGGGCGAUCGUUCGAACAACCUUCCUGAAGGGCACCCGAACCGAAUCUGGGCCCACGCGUCGUUUCCGGUAACGUGUCCGAACGGCACCGCCUCGACUUAUGGCACUCAAGAGCUCAUAGCUUGGACUUGGAGCCAGCACGAUUUUCAUCAAGGCUACUUUGCCGGAACAUUUGAAUCUGCGGACAAUCCCAUCGAUAAAGCUGACACCUGCAAUGUUGAAGUUGGAGACAACAACGACUUGCUCGUGCCUUGGCAGGUGAAAACCUAUGUAUGGGGAAGUUGGGACUACGACAAGUCUUACCGUGUUCAUAAGGAUAGACUAUCCUUCUUCCGAUGCUGGCGAUGCAACUACACAUGGGCCCAAGUUAUGGUCGACGUGCAUUUGAAAUAUGUGAAAGGGGAUUUCCUGAUCAAUCACAUAACCCCUCCCGAUUCGUCGACCACGCAACCCUGGAAUCCGCCCUUUGCAAUCCCUCUUCAAAAUACAUACCUCAGCAAUAUGGGCAGAACCGGCGAAGUGUACCCUACUAAUCGUUAUACAAAUGAAGCCGGGAAUAUGUAUGACUACUUCCCAUCCCUAUUUGGGCCGCAAAGGAAGCAUCCCUUGGAGAUACUAGGCGACCCAGAGUCUGACGAUAUCAUAUUGGAAGAGCUGAGGGCCGCGUUCUCUUUCACAAGCGCUCAGCUCGCCAAUCUGGAGCACCGGCUAAGGAUUGGAGAGGACUCAUACUCUACCGCCUUCCCAGCAGAGGGACUUCCGCCCAUCGAAGCGGCCAUCAUCGACGGUGGCCGGCGCCGGCUUGUACAGAGUCCUCCCAUCACGUAUGUUAUCAUCGGAAUCUUGAGCUUUGUAAUUAUUAUCAACGUAUGGGCUCUGGUCUCUGAUACCUUGCGGUGGAUGGGAAUCCGGAGUGGGCUGUUGAGCAUGGAUGUGAAGGGCCUAGCGCCGGAAGGGUUUAGCAGUAUCGCCAUGGUGACGAGUUUGCUUUAUGAGUCGAACGCCGCGAGAUACAUCCCAGAAGCCACUGAGAGGCUGCCAACAUCAGAACUUCAUGGGCUGCUCGCUGGCAAGAAAUUCAGGCUGGGUUGGUUCCGGAGGAAAUCGGAUCAGACGAGUCACUUCACUGUUGGUGUCAUGGACGACGAAGACUUCCCCUUCAUGGGCAGCAAGCUGGAUUCAAAAACGGAGCACAACAUGCCACACGAGCGCGUAUUGAAAAUCUCACAGAAAACGAUAUGUGAAGGCAGGGCGGCUGAUGCAGCGGAAUGA